CGCGCGACCUUUCGCUCCCGCGUCACCCCCCGCUCGACUUUUCAUCCCCGAAGAGCGUCAUGGGACUCCUCACCAAGCUCGUCGGCGUGUCCAUCAAGCAAGGCGUGCUCAUGGCCAUCAUCGCCGCGCUCCCGUGGUGGUGGUUUGGCUACGCGGGCCUGACCGAGGCGGACCUCGAGAACCCCGCGAAGUUCGCGGAGGCGUCCGUGAUGAUGUCGUUAGGCCUCGUCCUCUUCGUCGGCGGCCUCGCGUACCGCGGCCUCCCCUUCGACCUCAUCCCGGACUGGAUCCCGCUCUUCGGGAAGCUCGACGACCUCGCCGCGGGCGGCGUCGCCGGCGCCGGGUGCGCGAUGAUGUACUUCGGGUGGCACUACGGCACCGGGCCGAAGCCCACGGAGGCGAUCGCGGUCGCGAACGCGCUCGCGGUCGCGAACGCGCACCUCGCGCCCGCGAAGAAGGCGGCGAUCGCCGCGAUCAAGGCGUUCUACGCCGUCGCCAAGCCGAUCGUCCAGCAGCUGGCGCCGCACGUGGAGAAGGUGUACUCGGAGAAAGCGCUGCCGCUGAUCAACGCCGCGCGGGCGAAGAUCAUGAGCGGGGCGUACGAGGAGUACCUCCUGCAGCUCGCGGCGAACAACCCGGGGUUUUUCGGUAAGUUGCUGGGCGCGAAGGCGGCGUGAGGGCAGCGCGACGCAAACUUUUUUCUGUUCGUCUGGCGCCACGAGUUGUAAAUGUAAUUUAUGAAUGAGAGAACGAUGAGAU